UGGCUGCUACAGACCCGAGCUCGCGCUCCAAGGCUGCGCACUGGAGGCCACCACCAUGUCCACCGCUGGGGUCAAUACAUCUGCCUCCUUCACCACGGGCGGGCUGAACAGCCCAGUCACCAUUCCGGCGGUGAUGUUUAUCUUCGGGGUGGUGGGCAACCUGGUGGCCAUCGUGGUGCUCUGCAAGUCGCGCAAGGAGCAGAAGGAGACGACCUUCUACACGCUGGUGUGCGGGCUGGCUGUCACUGACCUCCUGGGCACCUUGCUGGUGAGCCCGGUGACAAUCGCCACCUACAUGAAGGGCCAGUGGCCCGGGGGCCAAGCGCUAUGCGACUACAGCACCUUCAUCCUGCUCUUCUUCGGCCUAUCUGGCCUUAGCAUCAUCUGUGCCAUGAGUAUAGAGCGCUACCUGGCCAUCAACCACGCCUACUUCUACAGCCACUACGUGGACAAGCGACUGGCCGGCCUCACCCUCUUCGCGGUGUAUGCCUCUAACGUGCUUUUCUGCGCGCUGCCCAACAUGGGCCUUGGUCGCUCGCGGCGGCAGUACCCGGACACCUGGUGCUUCAUCGACUGGACCACCAACGUGACAGCGUACGCCGCCUUCUCCUACAUGUACGCGGGAUUCAGCUCCUUCCUCAUCCUCGCCACUGUGCUCUGCAACGUGCUGGUGUGCGGCGCGCUGCUCCGCAUGCACCGCCAGUUCAUGCGCCGCACCUCGCUGGGCACAGAGCAGCACCACGCGGUCGCCGCCGCCGCGAUGACCUCUGCCUGCCGAGGCAACACCAGUGCCUCCCCAGCUGUGCAGCGCUUCAGCGACUUUCGCCGCCGGCGGAGCUUCCGCCGCAUCGCGGGUGCAGAGGUCCAGAUGGUCAUCUUGCUCAUCGCCACCUCCCUGGUGGUGCUCAUCUGCUCCAUCCCGCUCGUGGUACGAGUGUUCAUCAACCAGUUGUAUCAGCCAAGUGUGGUGCGAGAAGUCAGCAGAAACCCAGACUUGCAGGCCAUCCGCAUUGCUUCUGUGAACCCCAUCCUAGACCCUUGGAUAUACAUACUUCUGAGAAAAACAGUGCUCAGUAAAGCAAUAGAGAAGAUCAAAUGCCUCUUCUGCCGCAUUGGCGGGUCCCGCAGAGACCGCUCAGGACAACACUGCUCUGAGAGCCGGAGGACCUCUUCAGCCACAUCCAACCACUCUCGUUCUUUCUUCUCUCGGGAGCUGAAGGAGAUCAGCAGCACAUCUCAGACCCUCCUUUACCUGCCAGAACUCAGUGAAAACAGUCUGGGAGGCAGGAAUUUGCUUCCAGGUGUGCCUAGCAUGGGCCAGGCCCAAGAAGAAACCACCUCACUGAGAACUUUGCGCGUAUCAGAGACUUCGGACUCCUCGCAGGGCCACGACUCGGAGACUGUCUUACUGGUAGAUGAGGUCAGUGGGAGGAACAGGGAUGGGUCUGCCCCUAAGGGGAGCUCACUGCAAGUCACAUUCCCCAGUGAAACACGGAACUUAUCUGAAAAGUGUAUAUAGUAGUCAAGGAAAAGAUAUACUGCACUGUUUCUGGAACUCUAUAAAAUCCUGUGCAAUAGACACGAAGUGAAGCAGUUAGCUGUGCUCAGAAGUGCUACCUUCAUCUUAUGGCUCAUGUAGAGAACACAGGAGCUCCUGAGCAUUUUUCAGACACUCAGGUUAUCUCACGUUGAGUCCUGAGGUCUAAGCACUUUGGAUGACACCCUGCUGUAACACAGGGUUACAGUCAUGACUUGAUGGGUGGGAAAAGCCACUUUUGGUUUCUCUCCUGGAUAGGAAAAUGGCAGGAGCAUGCUAUUUUCAUGACAUCGAAAGCUGUGUAUCUGGCAUCCCAAAGAGGCCCAGAUACAGUAGUCUCUGAGGGCUACCUUAUGGCGAGCUAAGUGUCUCACUGAAGCAUGAAAUGUGAAUUUUUAUUGUUGUAAAUAUUUAAGAUAUUUAAAGUAUUUUCUUCUCUGUGAGAAGGUUUAUUGUUAAUACAAGGUAUAAUAAAGUUAUGGUAACUCCUCUUCUCCCAGUGUAAA